GUCGGCCAUUUUAUUUAAGACUUCAAGCGCGAGAGUCUUUGAACAAGAAAAAAACAACAAUAAUGAUCGCUUCGCAAUUCAGUGUCGGUUUUCACUGUUAUAAAUUAACUGAAUAUUAAUGAGUCGUUACAAUAAUUAAGUCGAGUAAGAUUUAGUGUUUUUUUUUUAAAUUGUAUGUGUGCCGAUCUAGGUGACUCGCUUUUUAGCGGUCAUUUUUCGUUGCCUUCUCUUUUAUGGCAAAGGUAUAUGAUUGGACGUUUGCACAGAUAAUUAAGCGUUGAUCUCGACUGUGAUUGGUCACAUGAUUAUUAGCAGGCAGUCCCCGAAGCAUCGAAUUAAACACGUGAUUCAAGAUGGCAGGCAUUUUCCCAGAAAAACCAUACGGAAUACUACUGUAAUCAUAUGAAACACAUCCGAGAGCACGGUUGCCCUGAGCCCCCUAUACACUGUGCUGUGAACAACGCCACUCACAGCGGUCUCUGGUUACCAUCGCCGACGCUCUGCAACUGUUGCCCUUAUUGCCUAACGUUUAUUGAAGAGGGAGACCAUUGCAGUGCCGGUGGACCUGGUACCGGUGCUAAUGUGGGCCGCUGCGGCGAUGGCCUCACCUGCGUUCGAGAUGACACCGAUGGGCACAGCUAUUGCCGGAGAAUGACGUCAGAUUGUCACACGGCUCAAGACAAUUUUGAUGCUCGUUUGAGGUCCGGUCAAGUAGGAGCGUUAGAGCACAGACCACACUGCGAUGGCAAAGGAAAGUUUGCAUCGUUUUAUUGUAUACCAGCGCACACGUGUUUUUGUCAAUCAGAAGAAGGUGAGAGGAUUUUCGGCGAAGUCCUGAAUCUAGGUUCAUCAACAGAACGGAAUAUGCACUGUGGAUGCUCCCGUUUAAGUUGGAAGAUCAAGAAAUCCAUUCAGACAGGGGUUAGGCUGCCGGUCCUGACUCCUAGGUGCACGGCUGACGGUAACUUCCAUCCGAUCCAGUGUAUCGGCAAUAUUUGCUAUUGUGUCGAUACCGUAACGGGCAUCAUUGAGGAAGGAGAUGGAAAAGAAAUUGACCUCGACGAGGAGCCGGUCACAGAGUUGGAAUGCUACAAUCCUCGUCUGGAUUUCUUCCCCGAAUUCAGUAGAGGCGAACCGCCCUACCAGUAUACGACGCCUUGUCUCAAAGACGUUACGGAGAAGAUAGACAUGUUCUUGCAGAGCAUAGAAGAUGGGUUCAUUGUGGAUUACUUCAACAGCUUCCCAGAGUGCAAGCCUGACGGAACCUACGGUACUGUCCUCGAGAACAGUGAUGGAAUGAAAAUAUGUGCCGAUCAAAGAGGCGUUCAGAUAAAAGAUUAUGAAGCAAAACCAGAUACGCCAGAAUAUGAAGCCAUGAAUUGUAAUUGUGCACAAACAUCACUCGUAAUGGCAGAUGCUCUUGAAAAACCAGUCUGUUGUAAGAACGGUAAUUUCCGUCGCAUACAAUGCCGGCGAGGGAUGUGCCGUUGUGUUGAUACCGAUGGUAGACAAGUAGGAACGGAUUCGAGUGAUGUGACUAGACUUCCCUGCUUCACGGCAAACUGGCGAGAUUGUUAGCUAUUAAAUUUGAAAAUGAAGAAGAAAAAAUAUUUGUAACGACAUUGCUUUUUUGUAAAAAUAAUGGUUCAGUUGUACAGUCUGUCUUAGUUUCAAACCUACGUGAAGUUUUUUGUUAAGAAACAUAGUUUUUUGGUAUAAUGAAGUCAAAUGGAAACCUUGAUCAGGACGCCAUUCUGAAUUUAUUUCGUAAUGUUUACACAAACAAAUACCAAUACUUGAAAUAACAAUACUUUUAUAAAUAGAAUCACUUGAUCAAAA